AUGAUAGCUGAUGUGAUGGACGAAAUUAUAAGCAAGAAACUACGUGUUAGCACCAUAGCUAUGGGGAGAAAUGGGACCAGGGACCUGGAGAAACUGGCGGACCUCACCAACUGCCCUUCCUUCACCGUCAACGACAACGACAAGUCCAACGCCCCCGAGAAUGCUUUCGAGGGCGUCUCCACCCGCCAGCAGUCAGUCAGUCUGGACGAAUCCUUCAUCAAGGUCGAGGAGACGCUGAAGAUCCUGACAGCGGACCCGGCCUACGAAGGUUUGUUCCUCGUCGACAGCACCGUCGGCAGGAACCUAACUUUCCGCUUGAAGGCAGAUGUAAAGAGCCACGUGUUAAGCGGACCCACCCUGGUCAGACCCAACGGCACGAGUCUGCAGGGCGCCGCGGAUUAUGACGCCAUCGGGAACGUCUGGACGAUCGUCGUGCCUGAGGCGGAGGAAGGAGUUUGGCAGUGGAAAGUUACACUCAGUCAAGAUUCGUCCAGAUACAUACAAGCAACAGUUCAGGCUCUGCCGCGGGAUCCGGACGACGCGCCGAUCGUCACCACAGUCGAGGUCGAGGAAACGCCGAAGAUCCUGACAGCGGACCCGGCCUACGAAGGCUUGUUCCUCGUCGACAGCACCGUCGGCAGGAACCUAACUUUCCGCUUGAAGGCAGAUGUAAAGAGCCACGUGUUAAGCGGACCCACCCUGGUCAGACCCAACGGCACGAGCCUGCAGGGCGCCGCGGAUUAUGACGCCAUCGGGAACGUCUGGACGAUCGUCGUGCCUGAGGCGGAGGAAGGGUAUUGGCAGUGGAAAGUCACACUCAGUCAAGAUUCGUCCAGAUAUAUACAAGCAACAGUUCAAGCUCUGCCGGGGGAUCCGGACGACGCAGUCAAGAUCGAGGAGACGCCGAAGAUCCAGACAGCGGACCCGGCCUACGAAGGCUUGUUCCUCGUCGACAGCACCGUCGCGGACCCACCCUGGUCAGACCCAACGGCACGAGUCUGCAGGGCGUCCGCGGAUUAUGACGCCAUCGGGAACGUCUGGACGAUCGUCGUGCCUGAGGCGGAGGAAGGGUUUUGGCAGUGGAAAGUUAGACUCAGUCAAGAUUCGUCCAGAUACAUACAAGCAACAGUUCAGGCUCUGCCGCGGGAUCCGGACGACGCGCCGAUCGUCACCACAGUCAAGGUCAAGGAGACGCCGAAGAUCCUGACAGCUGACCCGGCCUACGAAGGCUUGUUCCUCGUCGACAGCACCGUCGGCAGGAACCUAACUUUCCGCUUGAAGGUAGAUGUAAAGAGCCACGUGUUAAGCGGACCCACCCUGGUCAGACCCAACGGCACGAGUCUGCAGGGCGUCGCGGAUUAUGACGCCAUCGGGAACGUCUGGACGAUCGUCGUGCCUGAGGCGGAGGAAGGGUAUUGGCAGUGGAAUGUCAGACUCAGUCUAAAUUCGUCCAGAUACAUACAAGCAACAGUUCAGGCUCUGCCGCAGGAUCCGGACGACGCGCCGAUCGUCAGCACAGUCAAGGUCGAGGAGACGCCGAAGAUCCUGACAGCGGACCCGGCCUACGAAGGUUUGUUCCUCGUCGACAGCACCGUCGGCAAGAACCUAACUUUCCGCUUGAAGGCAGAUGUAAAGAGCCACGUGUUAAGCGGACCCACCCUGGUCAGACCCAACGGCACGAGUCUGCAGGGCGCCGCGGAUUAUGACGCCAUCGGGAACGUCUGGACGAUCGUCGUGCCUGAGGCGGAGGAAGGGUAUUGGCAGUGGAAAGUUAGACUCAGUCAAGAUUCGUCCAGAUACAUACAAGCAACAGUUCAGGCUCUGCCGCGGGAUCCGGACGACGCGCCGAUCGUCACCACAGUCGAGUUCCUUGCCCCCGCGACCGGCGUUAGUCCCAAGGACCAGAACAUCAAGAUAAUAGCCACAGUGAUGAAGGGAAACAGCCCACUCCGGGGAGCUCAUGUGGUCGCCUACGUCACGCCCCCAGACCCGACGGCGAGCGCGCAGGAAUAUGACCUCCUAGACAACGGCGUAGGAGCUGACGCGGUUGCGGGCGAUGGCAUCUACUCCCGCUACAUGACGACUUUCGCCGGCGAGGGCCGCUACAGCAUCAAGGCCCUGGUGAAGGGAGGGUCCGGCGCCAGUGUGAACAACGGGCCUCCACCGCCGCCCACAUUCCCCUCUGCUGGGCGUCGGCGUCGUCGCUCCGCUGAUUUAAGUAUUAAGCCCAAGCCUUGCUGUGGCAGCGUCGUCCCCUACGACCCAGACACAGCCACUCCAACGGGCAACUUCACUCGGAUCUGUUCAGGAAGUUCACUCAAGGUGUCCGACCCCCCUGCCCCCGGCGAAGACAUUCUGCCUCCUUGCAAGGUGACUGAUCUUCAGGUGGCGGAGUUAUAUGGCCAGGACGAAGGUGGCUACAUCCUCACCCUCGUCUGGACCUCACCUGGAGACGACCAUGAUGAGGGCUCAGCGUCAGAUUACACCUUCAGGCUGAGUGAGGUCCGCCCCGACCUCACCAACAAAGGCUUCGACGAGGCCCCAGCGAGCACCCUCCUGCACUUCGAGAGGGCGGCCCUUAACAGGAGCGGCGUCCUGGCUCCCUUCGGCUCCUCCGUCGCCUUCAACGUCACCUACAGGGGGGAUCUCACCUUCGGCACCGAGUACCUGUUGGCGCUGAAGGCGAAAGACGAGGUGGGGAAUGAAAGCCCUGUAUCUAACGUCGCCUCUUUCUUCCUGGACCAAAAGCUCGUUCUUCCGUCGUCUUCUCGCAGACGUGAGUGACCAAAGAUAAACAAUGCAAGGGUUCUCGUCUCGCUGGGACAAGAUAAAUAGACAGGAAAUAAAGAUGUUUAAAUGGUUAUAAUAAAAUAAAAACGUUGACUGCAUAUUCCUUAUCCAACUGAUGAAAACAAGACAAGUGCAUUUAAAAAAGGAAGAGAAAAUAGGAAGAAUACACUUAAUGACACCAUAUGUGAUCGAACAGAUAAAAAAUGUGUGUAUGUAUAUAUAUAUAUGUAGUGGGACUGUCUUUGGUAGAGGAGUCCAUGAGGAGUUUUAUUGUCCUUUUAAAUGUUUUAUUCAACCUAAUUGUAUUUUAUUCAACGAGGUGGAAAUGCGGGGUGCCGCCAGUAAAUAUUGUACGCGCACGUACGUAGGCUUAGGUACGUACACGCAAAGAUGUUCGCCAUUCACCUGCCCAGUAAUUUGUGUGAGGACACUAUCUCACCAGGAGGAUAGUGUCACGUAAAACAAGCUGUAUUCGUGAUGGCGUCUGCUAGUGACGUCAUAAACCGUGACAAGGCAGCCACUCAGGGUAUCCAUGUCGUCGAGCCAUUAGCCAAUACCCUGGCUAGGCGGCGUAGAUACCCCCCUGGUACUUUGGGAGUAUCGGGAGAUCCGUUCUCGCCUCCUGACUGCUCGGAACCCGCUGCUAUAUUCAACAAAGGUCAAUGGUCAGUACUAUGUGUUUUACUGGGAAUUCACCUCUGUACAUGCUUGAAUCCUUAGCGACUGGUGCAAGGGUGAACUUGUAGCUAGGCUCUUUGACGAAAAUAAACCGGCAAGCAGCGCA